CCACGUCCCAGCAACUCGCGCAUCCGGGGUUGCGAUUCGAGAGGCCGAGAGGGUAGCGCACCGUUGACGCCUGGUGGGGAACAUGAGCGGCUCGAGUGGGGCGGCAGCAGGGGUGGGGGAUGUUUGACUACCAGCGAGCGACUCGGUUGUCACUUAGUAUUGGGUUAGGUCAGCCCGAGGUUUACAUCGUUCGUUAAUAGUUAUCGGUCGUCCGUAUGAUCGUAGCACGAUUUUUGCUCGUUCGUCCAGUUAUAUUUUAGAGUAGUAAUCAACUGAGAACGCGAUAUCCUCGUGAUAUACUUGAACAGUACGUCGGAUACCUCACUCGUGAUCGACGUACCGGGGUACGUCGGAUGUUCACUUGUGCUGAUUUUUAUCAAAUUUCUCUCGGGUGCAUCCUACCACGGGGAAACAAACGAGAACGACUGACGGUGACGUUCGUUUUUUAAUCACGCAGCCAUUGGUGCAGUUUCGCGUCGCGGCAGCGCGCCUCCGUUUCUGCAUCUCGCCGCGAGUGAUGAUCACGUUGUGCUCCAGAAGAGGACCGGGCGAAAUGUCAAAGUGAGAAACAACUGGAAACAACCGUAUGGACUACCGUAGCAUGGCACUGUCUUGUAUGCGCGAAGUGCAGAUUUACAAAGGAUUCCUGAUCAGUCGGUACCUGGGCAUGAUGCAAGAUCCUGAGAAGAGCACUCAACUUGACAGCGCGUCGCAGAGGAUGUUUUCUAUGUUCGACCCGACAGCAACAUUACCACUGACCCAGGAGCAGCUGUUCGUUGCUAAUCAAAGGAUGAGCAUGGCUCUGCUAACAGCCACGAGAUUUCCUGUAUUAAACGCGAGCAUUGCCGCUCCGUCGCUCUAUGCGUCUCCGCAGGAUCUCUUCGGGAGUUGGAUACCACGAAUCGCAUCCUCGCCGCCUUCCUCUCUUCGCCCACCGUCAGAAGUAUCGCCGGCCCCCAAUAUGAAGACCUCGUCUCGACGCAAUAACAAUAACAAUAACAACAACAAUAAUAACAAUAAUGAUAACAGUGACAACAACAAUAUGAACGAUGACGAUAGAAUCGUCAGGAGGGGUCGCGCCGCGAAAAGGAAACCCACUAAAUUGAAAGUGGAGGCUGCGGCAGAAGGUGCGGAUCCGGUCAGUCCUUCCGUCAGUCCUGAGACGACGAAGGAUGGCAAAGAUAAAGUCUUCACUUGUGGAGUAUGCCAGAGAUCUUUCGGGUACAAGCAUGUGCUCCAGAAUCACGAACGCACGCAUACGGGCGAAAAACCUUUCCAAUGCCAGGAAUGUCAGAAAAGAUUUACCCGGGACCAUCACCUGAAGACGCACAUGCGGCUUCAUACGGGCGAAAAACCUUAUAAAUGCAAAUUUUGCGAACGAAAGUUCGUCCAGGUAGCGAAUCUCCGCCGUCACCUACGUGUACACACGGGCGAGCGUCCGUACGCUUGCGACAUGUGCACGUCCAGGUUCAGCGACUCGAAUCAGCUGAAGGCGCAUAUGCUGAUACACAACAACGAGAAGCCGUUCGAGUGCGAGAUAUGUCAAAUGCGUUUCAGAAGGCGGCACCAUUUGCAGCAGCACAGGUGCAGUAAUGGCGCGGUGCAAGAGUCGCCACCGGAGGCCGAGUCACCCCCGUCAUUAAACAGUGACGAGCUCGACUCGGAGGAAUACGUCGAUGUUGACGCUGAUGUUGACAUUGUCGCAGAGCAGGCGCCGGAAGAAGAACCGCUCAACAGAUACAUCACACCGAUCAACAGAUUAUCUCGCCAUCUUCGAAUUAACCCCGAGCGAAACGGCCCUGUAUACCCGGCCUCGAUGGCGCUGAAUCCUCCCCCAGGUGUUUUGCCAAUGCAAACGGAACCUGAGGACUUAUCGAUGAACAAGUCAUCCUCGCGGGGAUCGCACUCUGGGGGCAGCGAUAAUUCGUCGCUGAACGCCGACGUCAGCGAGACUAAUCCGGAAGAGGAUGACAGCUCCUAGUAAAGUCUCGCCGGUACGUAAAGAAAACUGCGUGAACAAUGCUCUUACUGUGCCAUCCUUGACAUCAUCGGGCAAUAUAAUAAGAGUUAUUUACGCGGUAUUCUCUUGUAUAAGGCUUCAUUGUCUCGCGUAAUAGAUCUUGAUUAUGGGUUACGGAAGGGACGAUCACGCUCGAAGCGCUCGCGAAGAAGCGCGUUCCGCGAAGUCUUUGUCGUGUACAUAGUUUCGGAAGAAGGGCAUGUGUGUCCUCGUGAGUGGUACGCGCCGUUGCGUUAACGAGAGGAGAGAAUAUAGCUGUUCGGAUUGGAUAUACUGGUAUACAAGUUCCUCUGACAGUAAAAAAUAGCGGGGGAAGAGUGACGACAGUCCAUCAGUACACUGUCGCCGUCGUGAGUUUCACGGUAUCUAUGGUUUAUACUACAUCACUCGUUGUUACAUUUUUUUCCUCGCCCUUCGUGAUUAUCCGGAGAUUAUUGGCCUUUGCUAUCUCGAUCGAACGCGGUUGGAUCUUUCAAUUAGUCGAAACGAUUUGACAUUCGCGUGUCCGAGACGUUCCAUGUAUUUGCGAGAAACGAUUUUAAAGUGCGUGACAUCCUUUAUUUUUACGUUGACAGGCGAUUGUUUGAAUCGUCAAAAUCAAACGACGUUCAU